ACGGUUAUGUUUGAAGGUCUGUGGGUUCGUAACUUGGAAUCCAGUCUAGUUGUGGCAUGGCCAACCGUAGUUAGUGUAGGCUCUUUACGGGGCCAGUGAAGCUCUGAGCCGCUCAUGUAAUCAUUCACACCCGGUAGCAUUUUCCCGGUAGGACUUUGCCCAGUGGGAGUUAAUUAAUAGGAUAGCACAUUUAACUCCCACCGUGCAAAACUCCUACCGGGUGUGAAAGAUUACCCAGGCGGCGGAAAGACCCUCCUGUCCCGACGGUAGCCUGGCCAAUCCACGGUAGACUGGAUUCCAGAUUAUUGAGCAUGCUGUCAGGCAAGGUAGCAGUGGUGACAGGUGCCACCAGGGGGAUAGGGAAGGGCAUUGCACUGCAGCUGGGGGAGGCAGGAGCUACAGUCUACAUCACAGGUCGCACCUUACAGCCCACAGGCAAGGGGACAUCACUUAUUGAAUGUGCAGAAGAGAUUGAGAAACGCGGAGGAAAGUGCAUCCCUGUGCAGUGUGAUCAUGAGAAGGACGAUAACAUCAAGGCGCUGUUUGAUCGGAUUGAGCGUGAACAGAAUGGACAGCUGGACAUACUGGUCAACAAUGCCUAUAAAGCUGUUACAGGCAUCUUUGAAAGUGAGAAGAAAUCAUUCUGGGAACAAGACCCAGGAUUCUGGGAUGAAGUGAACAAUGUUGGCUUAAGGAAUCACUACAUCUGCUCUGUGUACGCAGCCCGAUUGAUGGUACUGCAGAAGAAAGGGCUCAUCGUGAACAUUUCCAGUCCCGGAGGGCUUCAAUACGUCUUCAAUGUGGCAUAUGGCAUUGGCAAAACAGCAUGUGACCGUAUGGCAGCUGAUUGUGCACAUGAACUGAGGAAGCACAACGUGGCCUUCGUCUCCUUAUGGCCCGGUGCGGUGAAGACUGAGCUCGUCACAGACCUCCUUACAGAAAGGCCAGAAAGCGAGACUGCUAAAAUGUUUGCCCACACCGAGACAGUUGAGUUUUCUGGGAAGUCCAUAGUUCAUCUGGCAUCAGACCCAAACAUAAUGCAGAAGUCUGGUAGAAUCCUGUUCACUUGUCUGCUGGCUGAGGAAUAUGGCUUUACAGACAUUGAUGGGAAGAUGCCACUCAACCUCCGGUCAGUAAAGGACCUGAUGAUCUUAAGCGGCUUCACCGGAUUGGCUGCCUGGACUCCCGCAUUUCUCACACUUCCUGGAUGGCUUAUUGCUGCUACUACCCACAAGUUCUAAGGGGUAAAUUUCGGUAUUUAGACGGCCUAUUCUUAACAAUGGGAAACAUGGCAGAAAGAGGCUGUCAAAAAUCACCUGCCUGAGUUUUAGAACAUGAAAAACUCACAUCGGCAUGGUUGUCCGGCCUCUGAAGAGUUAUUUGACAAAAAAAAAAAAUUACGGCAAAAUUAUAUUAUACGCCAUCUUAUAAGUUAAUCUUAUAUGCCAUCAAAACAUAGGUGGUGACCUUUUAACCCCUUUUCACUACCUGUUAACAACACCAAAACACCUAACUUCUAAGGCCUACUGCAACCACAAAUAUCAUUAAAAAUCUGUUAUUUCAACACAAUAUAAAAGCUGCAACCCUUACCUAUGAUAUGCACCUCCAAAAUCCAAACAUAUCCCAAGAAAAACAUUUCUACAGCCACUUUGGCCAAGGCUACCUAAGCAUUCUGAAUGGGCUGAAACUGGGUCAUCUGCGCAAGUCCGGAAAUACCGAAAUUUGCCCUAAGGACCUUGAUAAUAUCAGGAUAAAAUGGUCAUGAUAUGGUACAAGUAAGCAUAAUAGAAAUGAUCAGUAACACUGAGGACUGUAUGUAAAUGCAUAUAAUGUUACAGAUGUCUUGUAACAUACAGUUUACUGGUGAUGAUAAUUGUAUGAUUUUCAGUGACAUCAUUUUCUACUAACUGACAGUAAAACAUGUGCCAAAAGUAAUAGAAAUGCCGUUGAAAUCUAUUAAUAUGUAAUGCCAUCAAGGUCACUACAUUAUACA